GUUGUCAAAAAUUUCUCAAUCGAUUGGAUCUCAAAAGUUCAUCGUGUGUUUUUUUCCGUCGAAAUCUUUUAAUAAAAUAUUGAUUUUUUACAAUGAAUAUUCGUUAGUUUGAACGAAUUCACUGUAUUCUCACUGAAUUAGUGUUCAUAAAUUCCGUGCGUUGCCAUUUUCAAUGUAAUUUCUGCACAAUUCUUGAUUAAGCAUCCGGCCUUCCCAACAAUAACAAAACGAUUGAAUGAAUUAAUUUAUCGAAAAAACAUUUGAAUAACAAGAGAAGGACAAGCAAUAUUAUGAAUUUAAUAUUUGCGCGAUGUGCCCUGUAGAAAACCGUUGUCAUCCCACGCUAAAGCAAUGCGAUUAAUCAAUAACUUAUUGAAGUGCUGAAAUAAACGAAACCCUUGCUUAACGAAGCCCUUACUUUUGGAUAUCGGAAGUGAAAUUUUACCGGAAAAACACAAUCUCGUCGGAAUCGCAUUGCUCCCAAACGGACAGAUGAGCUGCAAUCGACACAUUUUAUUCUAAUUGCGACAAUACAAACAAUCAAACAUGAAUCCCGAAGUGAAUGGCAACAAUACAAAUAAAGUGAACAUGAAAUCGCCAUUAAAAUCGGACUCCACGACAUGGUCGAACAAACGACAUGGCGAUCACCUUUCCGGAUCGCCACCGAAAAAGAAAAUAAAAAAUGGCGCUCCGACACCACAGCCAAAAAAUAGUGUUGCAAUGCUCAACGAACUACGGCAAGGACUGAUAUACACAUUGGAAGGACAGUCCGGACCCGUACAUGCGCCUAUUUUCACUAUGUCUGUUGAGGUUGACGGACAGAAGUAUAAUGGACAAGGGCGCAGCAAGAAAAUUGCUCGCAUACAAGCAGCUCAGACAGCACUGCGAAGUUUUAUUCAAUUCAAAGACGGGGCAAUAUUGUCACCAUCGAAACCAUCGAACAAUGUCGACUUUACGAGUGACGAACAUUUGGAGAACGGUAUAAUAAUAAAAAAAGAAGCAUUAUUAGAUUCAAAAAUCAACAAAAGCAUGAUAAACAAGGAUGGCCAAAAGCAAAUACCCGAAAAAGGCCCGGUAAUGUUGUUGUACGAAUUAUUCAACAACGUCAACAUCGAAUGCGCUUCCACGGAUGGUGCACAACAUUCACGCUUCAAAAUGAUCGCGACCGUUAAUGAUAAGAAAUUUGAGGGAACAGGUCCUUCCAAAAAGCUUGCGAAAAAUGCUGCUGCCAAGGCUGCGCUGGCUACAUUGUGCGAUAUAUCGUACAGUCCGAUGCAAUCACUUCCAACAAGUGAUACCAUUGCCAGUUCGGAUAAAAAAGAAUCCUACGAAUUGCCGCAAACAUUUGCCGACGCAAUUGGAAAAAUGGUUCUUGAUAAGUUCGCUGCCGUAACGGUCGGUAUAGAAAACUACAACAGACGGAAAGUGCUCGCCGGCAUCGUAAUGAUCGAAAAUUGUGAUAUUAACACUGCGAAAGUAAUAUCCGUCUCAACUGGGACAAAAUGCGUCAACGGUGAGCACCUCAGUUGCUAUGGUGCGGUUUUGAAUGAUUCUCACGCUGAAAUAGUGUCACGUCGUUGUUUGAUGGAUUACUUUUAUGCACAACUAGAUUUACACACAAAUACUGCUACAGCCAACGAAUCGAUCUUUGUGGCACCUGGACCGAAUGAGACGUCAUACAAACUGAAAAAUGGAAUUCGAUUCCAUUUGUAUAUCAAUACGGCCCCUUGCGGUGAUGCUAGGAUCUUCAGUCCACAUGAAGAUGACAUGGCAGUCGAUAAACAUCCCAACAGGAAGGCACGCGGUCAACUACGAACGAAAAUAGAGUCCGGUGAAGGAACAAUACCCGUCAAAAGUAGUGAUGGAAUACAAACAUGGGAUGGUGUUAUGCAGGGUCAGAGACUGCUCACGAUGUCUUGCUCAGAUAAAAUCGCCCGAUGGAACGUUGUUGGACUUCAAGGCGCAUUGUUAGCGUCAAUUAUACAACCAGUAUAUUUACACUCAAUUGUUUUAGGCAGCUUAUUACAUCCCGCUCAUAUGUAUAGAGCUGUUUGCGGUCGAAUCGAAACAACUAUUCAAGGUCUUCCGCCACCUUACUACUUAAAUAAACCAAAAUUUGCAUUGGUUACAUCUGCUGAGACACGCAAUCAAAUAAAGGCCCCGAACUUCGCCAUUAACUGGACCAUCGGUCAAAAAACUGUAGAGGUUGUGAACUCAUUGACCGGGAAGACGAUAAACGGAAAGGUUUCUCGCAUAACGAAACAAGCUUUUUUCACCAAAUAUUCAGAUUUAAUCAAGCGUCUGCCAAACGUACAGAAUCGCGUAGUUCGAGGGGACUACGGUGAGACAAAGAUGUCUGUACGUGACUAUCAAAUUGCCAAAGCCGAACUGGUAUCAGCCUUCAAACGCGAAGAUCUGGGCAAUUGGCUGAAGAAACCAAUGGAGCAAGACCAGUUUAUGGUUCCGGAAUGACUAUUUCCCGAUCAAUUACCGAAACAGCAGCAGCAAUUCGAUCGGAUUUCGAGUACGCAACAUCAUUUGACGAAUACAAAUAAUUUUGGCUUUGAUAUUUCUGUAGAAUAGAGAUUAGUCCUUGGGUUGAUUUUCAGUAAAAAAUAUGUCACAGAAUUUACGAUGAGACCAAUUGUUUGCCAAUCCCGUUCACGAUAUGUGUUCGUUUAAGUAUUUUUUUUUAAAUUAAUUUUUAUUCCGUUUCGAUUAUCAUUUAU